GGACCGCGUGUGCAGGAAAGAAUUCACGGUGUGGGUAAAAUUUCACCGAGUGGGCCCGAUUGGCGGCUGGUGCGAAGGUGAAAGAUCGGGCAUUUCUGGCCUCAGUGACGCAUGUGUCUCGAAGAUGCUGAACCUCCGUCCCACCGCAAGUACUCCCAGCGAUUGUGCGGAGCAGUGUGACGUGCGAUUAGCGAUUCGGGCCUGUUUUUCGUCGCGAGUCAAGUGACGGUGGGCCAGGUCGACAGUGAUUGUCAACAUCGGCGCGAAUAACCUUCCUGACGUUUAUGAUCCGACGCCUCAGGGGAACGAAAUAGUGUUACGUUACACCGCGCGUGGGACGCGAAGGAACGUCGAUUUGUAGACCCUUCGAUAAUACAGGGCCCGUGCUCUUCGUCGUCGCGGUGUCGGAGUGACGAAUAAUAAAAGAUUAUCUGUAAUAACAGCUCCAGGCCGGGCAUGGAGAUCCUAUCUGGCUGAGUGCCUGUCUUAAGAGCUGAGACGGAGUGCGUAUUAAUAUGUUAAUGUCCUCCACUACCGGUUAUUGGGCCUUUUUAAAUUUGAACCAACGCGUGCCGGUCGAGGCUGGCGGCGGCGGAGUUUUUCGAAAUACCUGCCCUCGACUCCGAAAUUUAGAGGCUCGAGGCGAUCCAGUUACCUGGAAAAAGCGGCGGUCUUCAUCCCGCCUUUGUUCCCUCGGGACUCGCCGCUCCUCCGAGGAUAUUGGGUUGCCUUCCACUCGGACCGAGAGACCAUCCUUCGAUCUUUUCGGUAAUUCCCUCGGGUCGAGAUGUCGAGUCUGGCUCAUCGCCGAGACACCAUGGUCACCGGGUCGAAACGGUGGUGGCGGGGCGGCUGCUGGGCGACUCGAAGCCACCAGGAAGCCUACCUGCGGAAAUUGUACUCCAGGAAGAACGUCGGGGUCAAAAAUUGCCAGGAAAAUCCCGGCAUGCCGUGGUCACCGGCCGUCUACGACCUUCCGACGACCGACGAGCACUACCUCGACGCUUUUCUGAGGAACAGGAACGAGGGAAACGUCGACUGUCCCGCCCUCUCGACGCCUCGAGCCAGCCCUACCGAAAAGUGUCUGGACUUCCUUGACGGGGCCCGGGAUUGCGGCCCCGGUAAUGCCGCAGCGAGCCGCGUAUUCGGCAACCUUUCGAAGACCAUCGACACCCUCGAGGUCACCGAGCAUAACCUGGACAGCCUUCUUCACGCGAGGAUUCACCCCGAGGGUUACAACAGCGCCGAAAAAGUGUGCCGCAGCUGCAGGUGUCCUCGAGAAGAGCACCAACGGGGUUCCUCGAGUGAGACGGGGGGUUCGUCGGGGUUGGGACUGGGACUGGGCCCCGGCUCCCCGAUGGCGAUGGCGAUGGCCUUCCAGGGCCCCGGAUCAGCCGCAGGUGCCCCCGGCGUGCCUCCCGAGCCGUUCAAGAGCCCGGUCCAGGCGCCACCGCCACUCCAGGACGCCCUGAUGCAUCAUCAGAGGCACUCUCAGAGCGACGACGACAGCGGGUGUGCCCUGGAGGAGUACACGUGGGUCCCACCGGGGCUGCGUCCGGACCAGGUCCAUCUUUACUUCAGCGCGUUACCAGAGGACAAAAUACCGUACGUUGGAAGCACUGGUGAACGGGAGCGCGUUAGACAGCUUCUUCAGCAGCUGCCACCCCACGACAACGAGGCUCGUUACUGCAGCGGCCUCUCCGAGGAGGAAAAAAGGGAACUAAGGGUCUUCGCGGCCCAGCGAAAACGCGAAGCCCUUGGACGUGGUCACGUGAGUCAACUAGAGAGGCCGCAUGGGACCGGAUGUCGCGAAUGCAGCAGGCCCAUUGCAGCGGCGGAAAUGGCCGUUGGGGCCUCGCGCGCGGGGCCCACCGCCCUCUGGCAUCCCGCCUGCUUCGUCUGCUGCAUAUGCAGGCAGCUCCUCGUUGACCUUAUCUACUUCUGGAGGGACGGACGACUCUACUGCGGACGCCACCACGCCGAGACCCUCAAGCCCAGGUGCUGUGCCUGCGACGAAAUCAUACUCGCCGACGAGUGCACCGAGGCCGAGGGCAGGGCUUGGCAUAUGCGGCAUUUCGCUUGCCUGGAGUGCGACAGACAGCUGGGAGGUCAGAGGUACGUCAUGAGGGAGGGCAGGCCAUACUGUCUCCACUGUUUCGACGCCUCCUUCGCAGAGUACUGUGACAGUUGCGGUGAACCGAUUGGCGUCGAUCAAGGUCAAAUGUCCCACGAAGGUCAACACUGGCAUGCGACAGAGUCCUGCUUCUGUUGCGCCACAUGUCGCACGUCCCUUUUGGGCAGACCCUUCUUGCCCAGGCGAGGUGCCAUCUACUGUAGCAUUGCUUGCAGUAAAGGUGAACCACCGACGACCCCGAGUGACUCUUCCGCAGGACCUCCGCUUCCACCAACGUUUCCAAGGUUGGUGAGGCGGCAACCUCCACCUGCAAGCGAAGGCUCCUCGAGUCCUCCACCGCCUCCUGCCUCGAGACACACCCUUGGUUCCCCUAGGAAUUCGCCCCGCAUGCCAAGGAAGCACCAGCAGACCUCCUCUGCGUCCGUCGCGACGACGCCAACGCAGGCAGUUCCGUCGACGGUUGAUUUUUCCGGCGACGGUCUCGGCUCGGGUGGAUCGAGGCCUGGCGGUCUGGACAGGGUGCUUCUGGAGAGGAAUCUCGAGAGGCUUUUACAGGAGAGAGGCUCGCUGCCGGAAGAGACGCCGACGGAAUUGGGAAGACUGAUGCAGGCCAGAGACAGAGAGCCUCUGCGCUACUCCCAGGAAUCUGUUCCGGCUCACGCCUCCAGCAUGCCGGAACUUCCACCGCCGCCUCCGCACGUCAACGUGAACGUCAGUCCCACCGAUCCACCGACACCGACGUCCAGAAGGGUCCGAUUCCAGGGGGAUGAAUCCUCCUCGACGCCGAAUGUCCCUCUGCCGCCGACACCUCCACCCCCGAAUGUCCCUCGGUCGAGGAGUUUGCAGCCCGAAGAAGCGGCCAGUACUUCUUCAUGGGGCGGUGUCGGUUCGAGGGUGAGAACGGAAGAGGAGGAAAGUUGCUGUUCGACUUGCAGUUCGUCGAGCAGUUCGGACGAGGCAUCGGCGUACGCUUUGCCACCCCGUCGAGCCUACGGUGGAGUGAGAAUUUCGUACGUGCCAAACGACGCCGUCGCCUGUGCCCGACGUCGCCAACCCCCGACGUCGCAGACGCAUAAGGACGCCGAAAAGUGCGUCGUGUCCUGAUCAUUCCUGGUUGAUUUCUCUCUCCGUGAAUCUAAUUUCGAUUGAUGACGCAGCCGAAGUGAUAUAUAACGGGUUGUGAUUUCGAGGAGAGACGGGAUAUCGACCCUUAAAAAUGAACGUGCCAAUUAACGUGAUUAAGGAACAUUGUUGAAAUUAGGUC